GCUUUAAUGGGAAGUCAGUAUCAAAGUCAGUAUUCUCUGUUCCUUUAUUCUAACUUAACAUGCCUGUUUGGGACCAUUAUCUAUAUGAUAUUAGAUAAGAUAAACAGUUCAGCCAGUGAUGUUAGUGUGUGCUGAUAUUACCAAACAUAAUGCAGCGUUUCGCUAUAAAAAAGAUUGCUAUACUUAUUUGUGGAAUAUUUUUUACCAUAGUUUAUUGUGAGUUUCUUAUUUACUAUGUCGUCAUAUCACAGUGUGAUUGGCUUCCUACAAAAGGAUCGGAGAUAGAUGCAACCUCUCUGAAAGCCCUUGUGAUAACUGAUUUACACUUACUGGGACAUCGCAAAAGUUUUUGGUUUGAGAAAUGGAGACGGGAGUGGCAAAUGUAUCAAUCAUUCAAAGCUAUAAUAACAUUACACAAACCCGAAGUUGUCUUUGUUUUAGGAGACCUUUUUGAUGAAGGAGAAUACUGUACUAACGAAGAAUUCACUGAACAUGUGGAACGUUUUCAUAACACAUUUCCACUACCUCAUGAUAUACCAAUGUAUAUUACUGUUGGCAAUCAUGACAUAGGAUUUCAUAAUAACAUCAAACCAGGCUCGGCGGAAAGAUUUUCAGAGCAACUCAAAUCACCGUCUGUCCGGCUGCUCUCUAUAAAGAACAAUCAUUUUGUGCUGAUCAAUUCGUUGGCUCUCGAGGGAGACUCAUGUCGCAUGUGUCGGGAAGCUAGAAGUAAAAUAAACAAUGUUUCAGAUAUUCUGAAGUGUUCUGCCAACAAAAGCUGUGAUACUAAUUAUGAUGUUGCAUUAAAUUAUAGUCGACCUAUAAUGCUUCAGCAUUUUCCUUUGUAUAGGUUAUCAGAUGCAGUAUGUUCAGAACCUGAUGCAGCUCCCUUGUCUGAGAAAUACAUUCCUUUCAGACUAAAAAUAGAUGCGCUGUCUAAAGAAGCUACUGAUGAUAUAAUUGCCAAGCUAAAGCCUCGCGCAGCAUUCGGUGGUCACACUCACUACGGAUGUCUUCUGCACCACUCCUAUAAUUACGAAGACGAAAAUAUAGAUUUCUACGAGCACUCUGUGCCUUCUUUCAAUAUGAGAAACAUAUUUGAACCAAAAUAUAUGCUGGUCACCAUAACGCCAGAUGAAUAUGCAGCUAAUAAAUGCAGUCUACCCAGAGAAGUUACUAUUAUCAUAACAACUGUUGUGCUGCUAAUUGCGACGGUUUGGUUUACAUGCAGGAGGAGGCCGUUCAGGCGAGGAUUACCCCAAAUGAGAAAGUACAGCCUUGUAAAGUAAUCUCAAGAUUAUAUUUCAAAUUAAUAAAUAUUUUUGACAAGA